AUGAAGACCAUUAUUGCUGUCGCCCUUAUCUUGGGCUUGGCUAUGUCCGCUACUUUAAAUAUUCCCUUAUAAACUUCCUAAGUUUAUCAUAAUGAUGCUAACAACGUUAAGCAACUUGUUGAUGAAGUUUUAUCUGCUGAUGUUGACUUUACCAAGCAAGCUCAAGAUUAAAGAACUGUUAUUGAUCUUGAAUCAAAUGUUAAUUAUCUUCUUUCUAGACAAACUUAAUACAACCAAGUCGCCGUCAACCCCUUCGCUUUCGACUGCACAAUUCCCUGCGCCUAAGGUGUUGAACAAACCGGUUCUUUCACCGUUCUUGGUGGAAAGGUCACCGUCAAUGGUGGUACCGUAUUGAAGGGAGAUGCUGCUAUUCAAAUUCAAGAUUCUGAACAUAAAACCUCUGCCAGCGUACCUCUUUACGUUCCUGGUACCGUUGAUCCCAGCACUGCUGCUUAAGAAAGUGCCAUCAUCCAAACCUUCAACUCUGGUCUCAGCUUCUCCAAGGGUUCUAACAAUGUCCUUGCUAUCCUCAAGUAGAGCAGCAAGUUGGUCGCUAAUAACGCCUUCUCCGUCUACGUUCACGACACUAUUGCUUAACUCAAUGUCGGUGGUUACAGAGAAUACUUCGUUCAACCUUCAAGCACUGAUUUGGUUAUUCCCACUGUUAACUCCAACACCUGGACUGUUACCAUCAACGGAAUCAAGAUUAAGUCUGAAUCUCAACUCCAAAGUGACUCCCAAACCCUCACUGCUCACUUUGAUUUGACCUCCAAGUACAUCUACGUUCCUCACGUUGAUGCCGUCGCUAUUUCUUAAACCCCUGCCUUCUACUAUUUCAUGAAUUCCAAGCAACUCCCCUGCUUCCAACCCUCCAGCAAUUUGGGUAAUGCUUAUAACUACGUCUGCCCUGCUGACUAAUUCCCUGGUUUCGAUGCUUACAAUCCCAUUACCUUCUCUUUCAAGGGCCAAGGCAAAAACAGCGUUUCUAUCGUUCUUUAACCCACUGAUUACAUCAAUAAAUUAGAUAACGGCAACUACGAAUUAUUAUUCAAAUUCGCCUCUGCUCCUCAAAACACUGGUGACUUCUACUUUGGUACCACCUUAUUGAAAAAGUACUACGCUACUUUCAAUGCUGAUACCAGCACUGUUGUCUUAAGAAACAGAUAUGAUGUUGCAGUUGGUAACCUCAUUUUAAAUGAUAAUUACAGAAUCCCUGUUAUCGUUGUUGGUCUUGUCUUAGCUUUACUUGCUGUUAUUCUUUUAGUUUUCGUUAUUUUAAAGAGAGUCGAACUCGAAGAACCCACCAAUGCUAUCCCUAUGUACAGCGUUUACAAGCCUGCUUCCCCAGUAGUCUACCAAACUAGCGUUAAUGCUAGCAACUACGUUCCCACUUAUACCAACAGUAUUAUCCCUGCUGGUUAAAACGUCGUUGUCAGCAGCUCCCAACUUAGAUAGAGCUAAACCUAAGUCAGACAAUCUCAAACUCUUGUUAGAAACAGUCAACAAUAAUUCAGACAAUACUGA